AUAGCCAUCCAAUGCUAAGCUCCAGGACGGGUUCUUGUGUAUAUUUGCUUCUUCUUAAUUUUAUUUUUCCUUUUCUCGUUCUUGUUUUCUUCUUCCUUCCCCCCUUCUUCUCCCCAAACAGCCUUUGUUUGGUCAGCUGGAUAGGAGCUCAGAACGUUGUUGGCAGAUUACUGUUGGCAUUGCGGCGUACAUAUGUGAGCUGGUUGGCGCAACAAAAAGAGAGGAAUACGGAUAAAGAGAAGAGAUUGACGGUGAAGUCAAGCGGAGCUGCCACCAGCAAUUAGCUUCUGCAGUGAGAGGGACGGAGUACGUAUGCAGAAUAAGAUAGGUUGAUAUUGCCGGGUACCUGCUUGGUACCUGCCAGCUCUGCUCCGCUGGCCGUUCUCGUUCGACAGAGUUAAGAGUGCAUACUUAUGCUUGGUCCUCCGCUUGCUUCCUCUUCCCAUGUCAGGCCGGACGAGUUCGAUACCCAGCCCGUCGUUCAGACACGGCUCCGCGUUCGCCACCGCCGGGAAGCCAUGACAUGGGGACACUCGUUGAAGUCAUUUUUCCGCUGGCUAGUCGAGGUUACGUGCCAUGUACAGAGUAAGUACUCCGUACGCACACUAUUCUGGCUUUGUUGCCGCUGCUGCGUGCAUUCACGCUAGGCCGUCCCUCUUGGGAUGCCUGUACUGCCUGGUGUAAGAAACCAACGCAUAAUCCAUAUAUUUAUAGACCGGUUGCGGCGAUCCGUCGCGUUUGACUCAUUUUAAUGUAUAUUAUACCGUCCUAGCAGUGAGACCUCGUCUCAAGACCUCUGCAUAUAUCAAUAUAACUUGGGCAGUACAGAGUAUUAAUGCUCCAUCCAGCGGAGUUGAGAUCUCAACGUCUGACGUUGAUGUUUGUAUUUUUAUGGAGAAGAAAAGAAACAAAAAGGGGUAAGUUCGAGAUAUCUGGAUUAUGUAAUUAGGUUAUGUAAUUUUAUUGCAUAAGGAAACGCCAAGAGCAGAAAAGAGCGAGGAUGAAAAACCAACUGAACCAUGCCAAGACUUGCCUUGUUCGGAAAUAUCGCGACUUCGACGAGGCCGAAGCUGGAAACAUAAAAAGACACACACGGCGAGAAUAUCAAGCGAGCAGAGAAUGUGGGAGGGUGCGACGAGUGCAGAGCUAGGGGACUAAAGCUGCUGGGCUGGAGCCGGUUUUGCGUGAGACUAUAAUCUGACUAUAUUGAGUAACAUGAAAUCUGAUCCAGGUUUAUACGAUGCUAACAAGGUGCUAUUAGAUAUGACGGCCAUAUGUCAAGCAUUGCACCGAUUAAUUCCAUUUGUUCGUGCCAAACAGGCUUAUACCCAGCUCUACCUGAUGAUGGGAGCUUCAUUCGGUUUACUCUAUGAGAGUAGCCUGACCAUAGGGAGGAAGGAGGCAAGAAGCCGAGAGUGGUUGCUGCUUCUCCCAUACAGCAACCCGUGGGAUAAUAUUUAUUCUUCACAAAGGCUUCUUGUUCACUCACUCUCUCUCUCUCUUAAUCAACACAACUCUCGUUAUCAUACCAAGCAGUACAUUCGCUUCUAUCUCUUCAAGAUUUUAUUAUACCCGUCAGGUCACUCGUUUCUGACACUACAGUCGUUACAUUUAUCUGUACCAUUUCCCGUUGAAGAUGAGUACCGAUUCGGGAUACUGCAGCUUACAAUCUUCCCCAUAUUACAAGGAGCUGCAAAAUGGCUAUUUUACCGCUGUACCCGAUGUUUCAAGUACUUCAUCGUUCAGCGCUUCUGACUCCCCAGUCUCGCUUCAGUCGUUCCAACCUGGCGCGCCCCCGGACUCAAUUUCUGACAUCCUUGAGACUCGUAAAGAGGCCAAGGAAGUACUUCUGAUAUACCGUACCACCCUGGCCGAGCUUGAGUUAAGACGCAUGAGCGGCUCUCGGAAGGGGCUGCAGAGAUGGGUCGAAUACUGGACAAAUACUUACAAACCGGACUUUGCCCGUCCUCUCUGCCAAAAGAUCGAACUGGCCUGUCCGGAAAUCAACCGUAUCUUCAGGGAGGCCGCCCAGGAUGUCUACCAGAUCAUCAAUGAGAUUGACGCGUGCAUCACGACCGCCUCUCACCAGGAUGAAGUACGAGACUUGAUGGCAAGUAUGAGGUGCCGUAUUCAUCGGAUCGUCAGUGAAAGGCGGGUGCGGGCCAAUCAGCUCAUGGAAUGGCUUAGAUGUGACAUCGAGUCUACACCCGUGGAUAUACAGGACAAGAUGUUUGAUCGGUUAAAGAAGCAGGUCUAUGGCCUGAAUCCAUCAGGCCAUUACCACCCUAACCCCGAGGAAGAGGAAUGUGAGGAACGUGAGGAACGCGAGGACCAAAUGGAAGAAAAUGAAGAGACUAUCGAGGAGCGCCUCCGACAGCAGAUGGGACUUUUGAACAUGGCUACUCUUCCUGACAGUCUAAGGCAGAUUAUUGCAGUGGACAAUUCAAGGAGCCAGUGGGCGCUUUAUGCUACACAAGCAGAAACUUUUGCCAUGAACAACGCCGAGGGAAUGGUGUGA